AUUGCAGAAGUAAAUUUUGUCGGCAAUCAAAAUGAGGAUAUUUGGCGUUGCAAAUCUUCAGAAGGUACAGCAGUCAUAACAACCUAGCUUUAUUCACGACAAAAGAGUAGAGAAACAUGCUUGGACCAUCGUCAAGUGAGGAGGAAAGUGACAAUGACACUUAUCCGGACGAAGUUUCAGACGGGCUCAGCAUCCCCAGUAUUGAUCAGAGAAGCCUGUCCGCCAGUGGGGAUAACUUGAGUGCUUCUGGUGGAGCCCACUCCCGCACCAGCAGUGGGAGGCCCUCGAGCCCAAGCCCCUCGCAGGUAAGCGAGAGGGAGAAGGAAGAUCUGGAACGGAUAGAACGCGAGGAAGAAGACAGGAGGACGCGUUUACAACUGUAUGUGUUUGUUAUGCGAUGUAUUGCUUACCCCUUCAACGCCAAGCAGCCGACAGAUAUGGCCCGACGGCAGACCAAGAUCAACAAGCAACAGUUGCAGACGAUAAAAGAGAGAUUCCAUGCCUUUCUCAAUGGUGAGACUAAUAUUGUUGCCGAUGAAGCAUUCACGAAUGCAGUGCAAAGUUACUAUGAUGUGUUCUUGAAGAGUGACAGAGUUUCCAAUAUGGUUCGAAGUGGGGGUUGCUCUGCCCAUGAUUUCCGUGAAGUCUUCAAGAAUAACAUCGAGAAGCGCGUGCGUAGUUUGCCAGAAAUUGAUGGCUUGAGCAAAGAAACAGUCCUUAGUUCAUGGAUGACCAAAUUCGACAACAUAUUCCGCGGAGAGGAGGACCCUCGUAAGCAAUCCCAAAGAAUCUCUACAGCAGCCUCAGAACUGAUCCUUAGCAAGGAGCAAUUGUAUGAAAUGUUUCAAAAUAUUUUGGGGGUGAAAAAAUACGAACACCAAAUCCUUUUCAAUGCAUGUCAGCUUGACAAUGCUGAUGAGCAAGCAGCGCAGGUACGCCGCGAACUGGAGGGAAGGUUACAAAUGGUGCACAAGAUGGCGCUGACUCGAAGGUACCCGCGGUUUGUGGUCAAGGAAAUGGAGAGCAUGUACAUUGAUGAGCUUAAAAUCUCAAUCAGUCUUCUCAAGGCAAACUUAGAAAGCCUCCCCGUCUCAAAAGGCAGCACAGAGUCCAAAUAUUCCUUAUCCAAAAUCAAGAAAUAUAACCGUGUAGCUAGAACCCAAAACCCAGCUAUCUCAAAGAUGGAGGUCAAUGAUGAUGAUCCAGGUCUCUCAAAGCUUGAUGUGGUCUUGUCAUUUACUCUAGAGCCAUGGAAGUGGAGGGUGGAGAGAAGCUACAGACAGACCAGGCAGAAGCAUCCAAACCUGUCUGGGACACCCAAGGAGACUUCACCACAACUCACCCGCUGCCUGUGGUCAAAGUGAAACUAUUCACAGAGAAGUUGGCAUUACUGAGUCUGGAAGACAGGGAACUAGGGAAGGUGAUCAUCAGGCCCACGGCCAGUAGCCCCAAGGUACCCGAGUGGCACAAGAUGCACACCCCGAAGAAUUUCCCAGAUGAGCUGAAGAUCAAGAUAGCUGUCAGGAUGGACAAGCCGCAGAAUAUGAAACAUUGUGGUUAUCUUUAUGCCAUGGGGAAAAGUGUGUGGAAAAAAUGGAAGAAGAGAUAUUUUGUUUUAGUACAGGUGUCCCAGUACACGUUUGCCAUGUGUAGCUACAGGGAGAAGAAGCCAGAUCCCACAGAGAUGAUGCAGCUGGACGGGUACACUGUGGACUACACUGAGGCUCCCAGUGACCUAGAGGGAGGGCGUUGUUUCUUCAACACAGUCAAGGAAGGGGACAGUGUCAUCUUUGCCACAGAGGACGAGAACGAGAGGACACUGUGGGUGCAGGCUGUGUAUAGGGCGACAGGACAGUCCCAUAAACCACAGGCCCCCACAGCAAUACAACAGGGCACCAAGACAGCCAACUCGACACUGUCACGGAUACAAGGAGAUGCUGAUCGUGCCAGGAAACAUGGCCUGGACGACUUUGUGCUGGCAGAACCUUACAAAUUUGACCACGCAGUGCUGUUUAAGAAGCUCCAGACCUUGACCUUAGACUACAGGCUGGAAGAUGCCUACACUUGCUUGGGUUGGUUCAGUCCAGGUCAAGUGUUCUGCCUCGAUGAGUACACGGCACGCUACGGCGUGCGCGGCUGUCACCGCCACCUGUGUUACCUUAGCGACCUGCUGGAGAGGGCGGAGAAUGGCAUCAUGAUUGACCCCACCCUCAUGCACUACAGCUUUGCUUUUUGUGCUUCACACGUGCAUGGGAACAGGCCUGAUGGUAGCAGUACAGUCCUUUUAAUAGAGAAAGAAAAGUUUGACGAAAUCAAGGAAAGGCUGAGGAUUCUACUGGAAAACCAAAUCACUCAUUUUCGCUACGUCUUCCCAUUUGGUCGCCCUGAGGGAGCUCUCAAGGCCACACUGUCAUUGCUAGAAAGAGUAUUGAUGAAGGACAUUGUAACCCCUGUUCCCACAGAAGAAGUACGAUAUGUGAUCAAGAAAUGUCUUGAAAAGGCUGCUCUUGUCAAUUACACCAGAAUAUCCGAGUAUGCCAGGAUAGAAGCCACACACAAUGGGAAGUCGAAAGAGUCUUACAAUGAUGAUGUCCCACCAGAGAGAAAACUGGAUGAUGUGAUUCACUUGGCAGAGCUCUGUAUAGAAGUUCUCCAGCAGAAUGAAGAACACCAUGCAGAGGAGUUUCGAGCGGCAUUUGCGUGGUUCAGUGACCUGCUGGUGGAGCACGCGGAGAUCUUUUGGUCGCUGUUUGCCGUGGACAUGGACGCCUGUCUCCAGUCUCAGCCCCCGGACACCUGGGAUAGCUUCCCGCUGUUCCAGAUCCUCAAUGACUACCUGAUGACUGAUGCUAACCUGCGUAAUGGCAAGUUUCACAUCCACCUGCGUGACGUGUUUGCGCCGCAGGUGGUGCGCUACGUGGACCUGAUGGAGUCCUCCAUUGCUCAGUCCAUCCACAGGGGCUUUGAAAAGGAGAAAUGGGAGGCAGCUGGCACUCCGCUUCGCAAUGGGUGUAACACGUCGGAGGACAUGCUGUGGAAGCUGGACGCUCUCCAGUCCUUCAUCCGUGACCUCCACUGGCCUGACGAGGUCUUUGCUGAACACCUGGACCACCGGCUGAAACAGAUGGCCUCUGAUAUGAUUGAAGCCGCAGCUAAAAGAACUCUGACAGCCUUUGAACAGUGGUUGAAGAAGGGCCGCGGGGGUACAGACUACGUAAUCCCCUCAGAGAUGAUGGUGCAGAUGAAUGUGGCGCUGGACUUCAAGAACCAGUGUCUGAAGCUGUGUGCCCUGGAGAUGCCCUCAGAGGACAUGCGUCAGUACCACACCCAGGUAGAUGAGCUCCUGGAGAAGAUCCAGACUCAGAUGGUGAAGAGUGUGGUAGAUAAGCUUUUGAGCAUCUUGGAAAAUGUUGUUCACAAACUCUCUCGCUAUGAUGAAGGUUCUUUCCUGUCCUCCAUAAUGAACAUAGCAAAAAAGGUCCCAGUCAGUAACCAGGAAGUAGGAAAAGAAUACGUGACAUUUAUGAGAGCUAACCUGGACGUUAUUAGACAAAAAAUAUCGGAUGAACUCUUUGUACUCUCCAUAUGUGAACAAUGGUAUACCCGCCAGAUGAAGACGCUGUGUGACUGGUUAUCUAACCGCCUGGAUCUUUCCCUUCACCCGGUACAGCUACAGUGUUAUCAAACAAUAGCAAAGAAAUGUUAUUCAGACUUUGAGCUUCAAGGUGUUAGUGAAGAAAUCCUCAACUCGAAGACUUACCAAACUAUAUGCAACAGACUACAGGUUGAAGAGGCCACCCAGUCUUGCAAGGGCACCUCCAGCAGCACCAGUAACAGCCCCAGCAUGAGCCUGGGCAGUAUGACCAGCGGGCUCGGCAGUGCAGCCAGCGGAUUCUCCGGCGGUGCUUCAAAAUUCCUUAGUAAUGGUGUCGCUAAAUUUGGUGCUCUUAAAGGCAGUGACAGCUGAAAUUAUGACACUGAAAUUUCAAAACUCAUCUCUCACCACGUCCUGUUUAAAGUCACUAUCGCCUGGUAAUGCUGGACCUUUAUCCACACAUGAACUGGGGAUGCUAGAAAAUCUGUCAGUUAUUGAGUAAGCAGCUGGUACCAUACAGCCAUUUCCAUGGUGACUAUCCAUGAUGUUGCUACUACAAACUCUAAAAUCUAUGGUGUCAAACAUACUGUGCUACCUGAUGGAGCUUUAGUGGUUCACUGUUCCUCAUUUUGAAUCAAAUGGAAUCUGAAAACUGACUGAAUUGACUGCAAUCUUGAAUGGUAUACAAGUUGCAUUGUAACUGCAAAUAUUCAUGCUACUGGAUGACCAGCCACAUGGUAACUGCCAGUGUUCAUGGUACUGGAUGACCAGCCUCAUGGUAACUGCCAGUGUUCAUGCUACUGGAUGGCCAGCCACAUGGUAACUGCCAGUGUUUAUGGUACUAGAUGACCAGCCACAUGGUAACUGCCAGUGUUUAUGGUACUGAAUGACCAGUCUCAUGGUAACUGCCAGUGUUCAUGGUACUGGAUGACCCUCUACAUGGUAAAUGCCUGUGUUCAUGGUAAUGGAAUGCUGGCUACAUGUUAACUGUCUGUGUUCAUGGAUUACCAGCUACACGGCUUCUACUCAAGUGUUACAUCAUGAAUGCUUGACCGGAAUGUGGCACCAUAAUGUCUCAUAUUGAACAUGUGCUGCCCCCUGCUGCUGCCCACAGUGGCUGACCUCUACAUUGUUGGAAAUUCGGCAUUUGAACCUAUCAGGUUCCUAAGAUAAAUAUAACCCAGUUGCGUGGUCAUGUCCAUUGAUUAGUGGACAUAGAAAUGAAAUCAAAACACUAUUGACAGGAGGCUAUGCUUUGAAGUGUCAUGGGGUCGUCAUCUCUAUUCCACAGGGCAUCCUCUUUCUGACAGGUGACAGUUCUUCUGAAACCAGCGUUGCUUGUGUUCUUGGAGUUUCUAUCUUGAUGAUUAUGACAUAGAAAGUCUUGUUAGAUGCACUAAAACUCUGACCUGGACGGUUUGAUACAUGUUGAAGUGGAUCUAAGUUUUGAAUUACUUUGGCAAAGGAAGUAUGAAUCUGAUAAUUUAAAGUUUAUUGCCGAAGGCUUUUUUUUUUAUAACUUUGUCAAUGCUUCCAGUAAUAAUAACAUGUUAUAACAUGGCAGAACAUAGUUCCAAACAAUAACUUCAGUUUAAGGAAGUAAAAUCAUUAGCUUUAACCAUGAUAAUUAAUGUUGACUUGUUUUUUGUGCAAUUUUGUAUUUGAUUUUUUUGGUUAUGAUUAAAUAAUGUUGAUGAUUAUUUAGAAUCAGCUAGUAUUAUAUUCAAAAAACAUUACCCCGGUUUAUAAUGUUGUAAAGCAAUUAUGAAACAAGUUGAGCAUUUAGUUUUUAUUAUGAUGUAGCAAAAAGUUUCCUUUAUAAUCAGUACCGUUAUUGAACAUGGUACUCUAUAACUGUAAAUAUAUUAGCUGAUUUAUUUAUUUAUUAUGUACAAUGGAAUCAAUAUAAGUCUGUAAAAUUUUGCUGACCACUUAGGUUUGUGUACAUACCAGUCAUAAUAAGUAUAUGUAGCAUGGUUUUAUGGACUCGGCACAUUGCUAGCUUUGACUGAAGAAUGUGGCAAAAUUUUUGUUGUUCGACCUAAAAGAUGUCAAUGUAAAUAUGUGUCAUUGUUGUAUAGAAAUUGUAUACAGUGGAGCUAAUGUACAAUAUAUACAUUUCUUUGCUCAGAAAAAUAGAAUCUUUGAUUAUUUAAAGGUUAUGGGAUAAGUGCAGCAUUAUUAAGUAUGUGAUGUGAAGUUUUGGGUUGUGCAUUAUAUACCUUGAGAAUAGCAUCAAAACCAGCGUAAUUGUCUUGUAUAUUGCAUUUAUGUCAUACAUGCUUCUUUUUUUGUAUGUGAGGUAGUACCAAUUCCUCUUGUACAUUUAUACAGUGAUGUAAGAUAUGAAAAUGAAUGGUCAUUAUGAAUAUAUAUGGGAUCUUUUGAAGUGCAAUAACUAGAUGCAGUAGGAAGUGUGGCAUAAUCAGCUUCUUUAAAUAUAUUCUUGACACGCUUCUGACUGAAAUACAUUUUGCAGUUUGUGUUUUGAGUAUUUUCUUUUGCUGUAGGUGGAUUGAUCUUAGGUAGCAUCUUUUGGCCAGUAAAAGAUAGAGAAGGGGGAAGAAAGGGGUUUGAAGGACACCAAUGUAUGCUACGUAGUAUAUGCUAGUUUUGCCAGUCAAAUCGUAGUGGACGGUAUUCAGAUAUAAAAUAUCAUUUUGUUCCUUAAAAUUCUGAGUAGUGGCCAGUCAUGUGCCAUAAGAGUGGCUUGUAGAUCAGAUAGAAUACUAAGUUAACAUUCCACUAGCAUUUUCACAACAAUAAGAGCAAGGCUUCUAGAAUACGUUUUAACUAAAUUAACGGUUAGGAAAGUUCGGUCUACUUUGACUCGGAAAAAAAAUGCAGCAGUCCAUAUAUUACUAGAUCUAAAAUACAUACCAUUUCUGACUUUUUGUGAAACGAAUAUGUGGACUGUUGAUGGUUUAUCCCAAGUCAAAGUAGACUACAAUUGAAUAUCGACUUUCUACAAAGUCUUGUUGUGGAACUGGACAGGGGUCCGCACAUGGUAGUAAGUAUAGUAGAUCUGUGAAUCAUUAGCGCCUGAGAAAGUAUGAUUAGUUUACUUGAACCGUUGGUACAAAGUUGGAUAUCAUAGCCACCGUUUAGUUCAUGUAGUGCUUUUAGUCAAUAUUUGUAGACGGGUUUUGUCAAUUUAAAAACGUUUACGUUUACACCAUGAAGCAGUCCGCUGUGAAAGGAAAUCUUCAAGACAAGCUUACGCCAAUAUUUCACGUCAAUCUGCCGGGGUUUCAGAGCCGACGCAGGUCAGCUUCUUCAGUAUCAAAUCACUAUUGCCAUUACACUGACAUGCAUCGGAUCUGAGGCUCAUGGUGUUCCCGACUUCUAUCUGUAAUUAAUCUUCUAGCCAGUUUUGUUCAUUAUACGUGCCGUAGCCUCUCAUGAUACAUCGUUGUUAGUCUAAGUAACUUGGCAUUGGAGGCAUGUAAAUGUCGUCUGCUGUGAGUUUCAGUUCAAGACCAUCAUGUAUACAACAUAGCUAAUAGUAGGAUGUGCAUACAUAAGCUUUACAGUAUUUGAUCAGAUAGUGUAAUAAUUGGUACCUUGCCAGAGGUUUUGAUGCGCAAAAUUUGUUCAAUUAGCUUUAGUCCGACUGUUUUGACUGAUAUUUUACUGUAAUUCUCAACAUUCGUGUAUCUUCAACUUAUUUAUAUAUGAAUUUUAUUUCUACAUGAUUAUUACUGUUUACAUUUAAGAGAUAUGUUUACCAGAAUUUGUAAAGCUUUAUUUUAAGAAUAACAAGUGGCACAGAUGUUGAA